AUGAUUUCCACAUUUCUCGUCAGCAUCUUAGCUACCACGGCUUCUGACUUCAACCCAGUCGUGAGACGCAAUGAUGACAGUACUGCCAACAAUCAAACCUUGAUCAGUCAAUUGAUUACCGCUGCGACGGCGGUCGAUCGUCAAGCGCUCAUGCCGGACGAUGCCCAAUAUGUCUAUGAUUUCCAGCACCCCCCGGUUGAAGAUGUUAUAACCAAAGGAUUGGGUGGAAUGACGGUUAAGGCUGACCGUAAAGCAUUCCCCCUACUAAUUGGUAAUGGUGUGAGCAUGACUGUCGGCUUCCUGGGUCCCUGUGGAUUCAAUACUCCCCAUGUUCAUCCGCGGUCCGCCGAAAUCAACAUUGCUGUGCAAGGCCAUUUCGCCACCGAAUACACACUGGAGAAUGGUGCCCGUUCCAUCCUCAAUACACUCGAACAGUACCAAAUGACCGUCUUCCCUCAGGGUGCCUUGCACGCGGAGUGGAAUCCGGAUUGCACAAAUGCGGUCUUCGUCGCGGGCUUUGCUAGUGAGGAUCCUGGUGUACAACAGGCUGCCCAGACGCUGCUUGGCUUCAGCGAAGAAUUCGUCAGCCCUGUAUUUGGGUCCAACAACAUCACCUUUGACGGAAAGGACGUUGAUACCUUCCGAGCCAUACUUCCAAAAAACGUGGCGCUGGGCAUCGACACUUGUCUCGCAAAGUGUGGUAUCCAGAAAAGCGCAAAGCAGGCCCUCGUGGAGGUUUGA